GAGCUCCUCCGCCAUGAAUCUCAACAAGAAGACCAUCGCCGAUGUCGACGUCAAGGACAAGCGCGUUCUCAUGCGCGUCGACUUCAACGUCCCUCAGGACAAGUCCUCUGGUGCCAUCACCAACGUCCAGCGCAUCGUCGGAGCCAUGCCGACCAUUCAGAAGGCUCUUGACAACGGCGCCAAGGCGGUCAUCCUUAUGUCCCACUUGGGCCGCCCUGACGGCAAGCCGAACGCCAAGAUGACCCUCAAGCCCGUCGCCGACAAGCUCGGAGAGCUCAUGAACAAGCCCGUCACCUUUCUCCCUGACUGCGUCGGCCCUGAGGUCGAGGCUGCAUGCGCAAACCCAGCUCAUGGCUCCAUCAUCCUGCUUGAGAACCUUCGCUGGCACGUGGAGGAGGAGGGCAAGGGCAUCGAGCAUUCCGCCAGCUGCAACGGCAAGAAGUGCUCUGAUGACUGCAAGCCGUUCAAGGCCACCCCUGAAGAAGUCACCAAGUUCCGCGAGUCUCUUUCCAAGCUCGGAGAUGUCUACGUCAACGACGCCUUCGGCACAGCUCAUCGCGCCCACUCAUCCAUGGUUGGCAUGAAGGGCAAGAUGCCUUGCGUCAGCGGUCUCCUCGUUGCCAAGGAGCUCGAGGCCUUCUCAAGCGUGCUCAACCCGGACAAGGUCAAGAGACCUCUCCUCGCCAUCGUUGGAGGGGCCAAGAUCUCCGACAAGAUUAUGGUAAUUGAGAAUCUGAUCGACCAGUCCGACGGAAUCAUCCUCUGCGGUGGCAUGGCCUACACCUUCAUGAAGGUCUGCUUUGGCAUGUCCAUCGGCAAGAGCCUUUACGACCAGAAGGGAGCCGAGCUGGCCCCCAAGCUGAUGGAGAAGGCUAAGACCAAGGGGAUUGAGAUCGUUCUGCCCUGCGACUGGGCCUGCGGCCAGGAGUUUAAGAACGAUCAAGAGAUCAAGUUUGUGACCAAGGAGGAGGGCAUCCCCGACGGCUGGGAGGGAAUGGACUGCGGGCCUGAGUCGAUGAAGCUCUUCCGCGACAAGAUCCUCUCCUCCAAGACCGUCGUGUGGAACGGACCAGCUGGAGUGUUCGAGUUCGACAACUUCUCCAAGGGAACCAAGGCUCUCCUCGACGCGGUCGCUGAGACAACAGCUGCUGGAAACAACGGAAUCAUUGGAGGAGGAGACUCUGCCACUGCUGCUGCCAAGUUCAACAUGGAGGAUCAGGUUUCCUUCGUGUCCACAGGCGGAGGAGCAUCCUUGGAGCUGCUUGAGGGCAAGAUCUUGCCAGGCAUUGAGGCGUUGGAUGACAACUAAACAUUCAAUAAAUUAAUUUCAAG